GUUCCAAAGAGUAAAACACUGGAGACCACUAAAGUAGCAAUAGAAGCCGGUUUUCGCCAUAUUGAUUCUGCUUAUUUCUACAAUAAUGAAGAGGAGGUUGGACUGGCCAUCCGAAGCAAGAUUGCAGAGGGCAUUGUGAAGAGAGAGGACAUAUUCUACACUUCAAAG